AAUCCCGAAACGUUGUUUUGAUUACGCUUUAUUUUGGAAGAACAUCACCGGAAACGAAUAGUCAAUCUUUCCCGUGAGUUUCACAGUGAUGUGUGAACAAAGGGGGGAACCUUGUUCACUGGAGUUUCGCCUGCAAGUGGAGAUGUCGUGCUCAACUCAGCGCAUUUUACGCACGGUGACUGAUCACAACAAGCCAGCGGGCACGUUACGUAAGCGCGCAGCCACAGCAGGCAUUUAAACACUGAGCCUGUGAAGCUCCAGCUGGAAACUUUUUACCUGUGAGUCCGGCGUGUCUUCAUCCAGACUCCCCACACUUUUAUCCGUAUCCAGACAUGUCGUCCUCUUCCUACAACAGCAGCGCGUGUUUUAAAGAGGCCAGGAGGGUGGCGAUAUUCGGAGGGACGCACGGGAACGAGAUGUCAGGCAUGACGCUGGUGAACCUGUGGGUGAAGAACAGCGCCGAGAUCCAGAGGAAAGGGGUCGAGACCAAACCUUACAUUACCAACCCGAGGGCUGUGGAGAAGUGCACCAGAUAUGUGGACACGGAUCUGAACCGAGCCUUCACCCCGGAAAACCUCAGUGCCCCAGGAGGAGACGACCUUCCCUACGAGGUGCAGAGAGCUCAGGAGAUCAACAGGAUAUUUGGACCCAAAGGAAGCCCCGAUGCCUACGAUGUCAUCUUUGACCUCCACAACACGACAUCCAACAUGGGCUGCACUCUGAUCCUGGAGAGCUCCAAAGACCACUUCAACCUGCAGAUGAUGAACUACAUCAAGAAAGCCAUGGCUCCAGCCAGCUGUCUCGUUCUGCUUAAUGAACAUCCUCUUUUGAAAUAUUCCACUUCCCGCUCUGUUGCCAAGCACCCUGUUGGUCUGGAAGUUGGUCCUCAGCCUCAAGGUGUUUUGAGAAGCAACAUCUUUGAAGCUAUGAGGGAAAUAAUGAAACAUGCGCUGGACUUCAUCGAGCUGUUUAAUGAAGGCAUGGAGUUCCCUACCUGUACAGUGGAAGUUUUCCGGGUCUCGGAGAGGGUUGACUACCCCAGAGACACCAAUGGAAACAUCAUUGCCAUGGUGCACCCCAAUCUGCAGGACUGUGACUGGGAACCGCUGAACCCGGGUGACCCUAUGUUCCAAACAUUUGACGGGAAGACCAUCCACUACCAAGGCUCAGGGACUGUGUAUCCCACUUUUAUUAAUGAGGCCGCCUAUUAUGAAAAACAACAGGCAUUUGUAACCACCCGGCGGGAAACCUUGGUAGCGAGCGCCAUCAGAAAAGCAUGAAAAUGAGAUGGUGGGGCUAACAGCGAUCAUGUGUUAGCCACAGAAACAAUCUGUGUAUAGAAUUUGCACUUUGUUCUGUUAGCUAAUGACAGACUUUCCUCACAUAAUGACUAGAUGCCAUCUUUUACACACUGAUUUUAGUUUUCUAUGCAUUUACUAUCAGAGAAUCUAUUAACUAUGCAAAGAAUAUUUGUGAAGGCUCUGCUCAGAGUCACUGUGAAAGUCUUUGAUCUGAAGACUGGUAAAUUGCUGUGGUAAGUAUUUAUGAUACUGUUGUUAUUUAAAAGAUAUAUUUACAUUAAAUCAACUAAGUUUUAAUAAUAUGAAAGGCCAAGCCUAACCAUUGAUGGCUUACGAAUCAUCACACAACACUCACUACUGCUCAGGACGGCCAUUUUGGAUCAUAACCUCCAACUCUUGACCCAAAACUGUAGUUGUUUGUCUUCUUGAAAUAUAUUUGUAACAUCUUUGGGAGGGUGUUUGUGGCCUUUGAUACUACCUACCUACCUGUAACUCCAGUGGUUGCAUCUGUGGUGCUGUCCUAUUGUUGCCUUAAUAGAUAUUUCAGAAAAAAAUUGCACAACAAAUUUGGAGUGAAACUAUAUGUGAUAUUAUUUUGAUAAGAAACGGUAUACGUUCUCUAAACAAAUGGGAUGCAGUUUGAAACAUGUUUUAUAAUGAUAUAUUUGUGUCUAUUUUGAUAUACUUGUACUGUAUCUUUGGUUUUAAGUGAUGUAUGAGAUCGUUGAAUCGUGGAAAGCAUACGUACUGUCUAAUAUUUUCACGUCUUUGUUGUGUCUAAGUGUAUCACUGUGGUCUUACAGUAAUUCAUUUUUCAGUUAGCAAUAUUUUUGGUAGCACCAUUUAUAUGAUUAGCAAUGUUUACUGUCUUUAAAAGUCCUGUGGAAAUUUUCCGAUCAAUAAAUAUAGUACUAUGCCA